AUGUUAUCUUUGCUCAAAACAUCGGUGUUGGUCUUCUUAUUAGCUGCUGUCGCCAACAGCACUCCAAUUGAAAAGAAACAUGACAAGUACAUCGCUUAUCCUAUUGAGCAUUUUGAACCCUCACUUAUUGGUAAAAGGUAUGAGCUGGAAAGUUUUGAUGAAGGUGGUGCUAGAUACAUUACAAAAUUGAAGAUUGGAUCCAAUAAGCAAGAGGUGUUGGUUAUGAUUGAUACUGGAAGCUGGAAUUUAAAUUUCCCAAGUGUUGAUGCCAAAUGCCAGGGUCGCAAAUGUGCUGCUGGAACAACUUUUGACCCAUCCGAAUCAACUACUUUUAAAAAUCUUAGUAUUUUUAGCAGAUCAUAUUACGGCGGAGGGGGCUCCGUGCAGGUUUCGGGAUUUAAACUGACUGAUGAUUUGUACUUGGAUGAUGGUAAGAAGCUUCCUGACUUCGAGUUCAAUUUGCUCAAUGCAACUUUCUACCCAAGAGGUAUCUUUGGUAUCGGGUACAUUACUAAUGACAAUAUCUCCUACAUUGAGGCUACUAAAAAAGCUGGGUAUAUCAACAAAGCUGGGUUUUCAAUCUAUACAGGCUCCGAUCAUAAAGGAACCUUUCUUUUAGGUGGUGUUGAUAAAGCCAAAUAUGAAGGAGAAUUGGCACUUUACGAUACACAUCUUGCAAUACCAGGAAAGUCAAUUACCACCUCGAAUGGAACAGUUUUACCCUUCCCAAGCGUGUUGGCAUUGGAUACCGGAAGUGCUGGCUUAAUAUUAGAUCCGCCCAUUGUCGACCAGAUAUUUAAAGAGGUGCGUGAUGAAAAGGGCAAGAUCUCAUGCGAUAUAGCAUUAGCUGGGAACAAAUCAUUUACUUUCGAUCUUGGACAAGGCGUCGAAAUUGACGUGCCUUAUUCAGAUGCCUUUUACUGGAAUGCGGAUAAAACAGCUUGCAACACCCGUAUUGAAAAGACAGGUCACCAUGGAGCCACUCAAAACGUGGGAAUUCCACUUAUUAAACACAUUUUCCUUACUAAUAAUUAUGACACAGGGAAACUUGGUGUAGCUCCAGUAAGAUAUACAGAUGAGAGUGACAUUGUUGACUUCUGGUUUUAA